CAUACCAAAUUAUAUAGUUUGUUUCAACUUUCAACACUAACUGAAGCUAGCUACCACACAUUGUACGUGACUAUUGUCAUUGUCAAUAUUGAUCAAGAACGUUUGAAGAACAAGUGAUGGAGGUUGCAAGGAAUAAUAAGAAGAAUCUCAAGUCUAUGAUCACAAAGGUGCUAAGGGGUCUUCAAUUCUUGGCACCGAGUGGAGCACAUUCGAGGAGAGUUUGUUAUUUGAGUGACAUUGAUGAGGAGGAGAAGGAAAAUGCAACAAAGGUGCCAGAAGAUGUUAAAGAAGGACAUUUUGCGGUUAUAGCAAUGCAUGGUGAAGAAACCAAAAGGUUCGUUGUUGAGUUAGAUUAUUUGACUGAUCCUGAUUUCUUGAGGCUGCUAGAACAAGCAAAGGAAGAAUAUGGCUUUGAACAGAAGGGUGCACUUGCAGUACCCUGCACCCCCCAAGAACUUCAGCAGAUCAUACAGAAUCGACUACGUAAUUAAUUAAUCAACACUUCUGUCCAUAUAUGUUAAGCUUAAUAUUAUACAGAUCUAUUGAUCAUACUUUUUCUUUCAUUUUGUUUUUCCCUUUUUUCGUAAACAUGAUUACAAUUUUGAGCAAAGGUAAGGCAUCUAAAUUAAAAGGGAUAGCUCUACCAAUUGCCAAUACUUUUUUUUUUUUUUUUAAUCUUGAACAUAUGACAUUGUUUGUGUGACAACUUUUAAUAUUCCAGCAAUAUUACAGAAAGGAAUACAAUUGGUC